GCCUGGUAUCGUCAUCAUGUGUGAUAGCAAAUAUGUCCCUUGCUAUUUGAUCAACUUUGGCCGGAGACCAUUGUGCCCUCCAGCUCGUCGCCUGCCGUCGUCGUUGAUGGAAAGCGAAUCGACCUUCGUCGCUCCCGAGGGCGUGUACUCCAUCAUCGAGGAACACAAGCCUUUCUUCCUGGUCGCUCACGUUAAUCCCCCGGCUUCUCCAUUUCCCACUCGUGUAUCCACCAUUGUUGUUCGUUAUCCUACUGCCAAGCACGCGGGGAGUGCGCCAGGAUUUGCUCAGCUGCUCAGUGGGAAUAAGGAUAAGGAUACGAGGAACGUGAAGGACAAGGGCCGAGAGGACUGUGAUACUGGGGACGACGACGGAUCGCCUCCGCUAGGAGGUCCUGACUUGCCUGUGAAUCCAACGAUACCCCAUGAGCACCAUGCCCUGUUCUCUCACUCAGGGCUGGCAAAGAAGAAGCAUGUCGGAAGGCCAAAACAUAAUAUCCGGACAACCUCCUCGACGUUCAUUACUCGGGCAGACGUUCCCAAGGCGCUACAGUCCAAGCAGGGCGACAUGACAUUUCUCUUCUAUAAUACUGGAAAGAGCUUUUUGUGGGUGGAGACUGGAUCCAAGAGCAAGGAACCGCUGGCGAGAGUAACGUUCUCCGCCUUUCCCACUUGUCAUGAUGUAAACACUUUGACAGCUUCGCCCGAGUGUCUCGACGUGAUUAUUGGCUUCAGCACCGGCGAUCUCAUAUGGUUGGAUCCCAUUUCUUCCAGGUAUUCUCGUCUGAACAAGCAGGGUUGUAUAUCGAACUCCCCUUGCACUGCCGUCCGAUGGGUACCAUCUUCAUCUACGCUGUUUCUUGUAUCACAUGCAGACGGCACAAUCGUUGUCUACGACAGGGAACGAGACGAUGGAACUUUCAAGCCCCAAGAGCCUGUGGUUCAGAGCGGUUCUUCGGGAUCAGGGUCGCUACCUUCGUCGGACGAUAACACUUCGCAGAAAGAUUGGGAUCCUAUAGAUAACAUAUUUGUGACCAUCCCACCCUGGCAUCCGGUGACCGGUGGCGCUGGGUUGAAAAACGAGAGGGAGAGGGAGAAGGCUGUCAAGAACCCCGUGAGCCAUUGGAAGGUAUCCAGAAAGAGUGUCGUGGAUUUUGCCUUCUCUCCUGACGUCAAGUAUGUGGGUGCCAUCUCAGAAGACGGGUGUUUGAGGGUAAUCGAUGCAUUGGCCGAACAACUAGUCGACUGCUAUGCGUCCUAUUUUGGUGCGCUAACAUGCAUUGCGUGGUCUCCGGAUGGCAGGUUCAUUUUGACGGGCGGUCAAGACGACCUGUUGACUAUAUUCUCACCUUGGGAACAGCGAGUAAUUGCACGAUGCCAAGGACAUUCGUCGUUUGUAACUGCUGUUGCAUUCGAUGACCUGCGUUGUGACGGACGGACAUACCGAUUCGGUAGCGUGGGCGAAGACAACAAACUCAUAUUGUGGGAUUUCUCGAGUGGCGCCCUUCAUCGACCUAAAUUCCAGGCAACCCAUCAUCAGCGGGUAUCAAUGUCAUCCACCAUUUCGCUUGCUUUUAAACGCGAUAGAUCCGCAUUGUAUCUACCCUCGCCUACCGAGGAUAAACCUUAUCCUCGUUACCAUCCUGCACCCUCGCGGAAUGAGAUUGCUGUCGUACAGCCUGUCUUGGUUUGUGGGUCUGUUUCUGGCAUCGUCCUUGCCCUGACGCUCGUCGCUAGGUGAAACAGGUCGAAGGCGAGCUAUUGGCAGACGUGGCAUUUCUUCCGAGAUCAUUAAUGACGGCGACAAAAUCUGGUCAUGUCAAGCUUUGGAUACGACCACUUGCGCUGCGACCACGGCA